GGUGCUCUGAUCUCUGCGUCUUGCCACCAGCGACCAGGAGGGUGGGAGAUAUUUCCACAUCUCAUCAGACUGCCAGUUCCUGUCAUCUUUUUUUUUUUUUUUUUUUUUUUGAUAUAUAUGUAAAAAUUCUCUGUCUUAAUCCUCUUCGUAUUUCUUUCAGCCAAUGUUGAUUUGUGUUUUUGCUUAAAUUUUGCAAUCCUGGUCUUGGUCUAACUUAUCGGAGAACGUCUGCACAAAGAUGGUCACCAUCAAUCUGCACCAGACUGAAUAGCAUAAACACCGGAAUUAAAUCAUCCAAGUUUGGCAACUGGUGGAGAUUUGUCAUUUUUGAAAAGACUCAUCAACUACACCUAUACUUCCUUUUGCUAUUCCUACUGGCACCUCACAGCUGAAGUGAUGUCCUCUCUUGCAGCAUCAGAAAAAUCCUCUCCGAACACCAUGGGUCCCAAAGAGGUGGAGCUGAUCCUUGUAAAGGAGCAGAACGGGGUCCAGUUCACCUCCACCACCUUAGUAGCUCCGUCCCAGACUAACCCCUCUGGAGAGGAGGAAAGAGAGACCUGGGGAAAGAAAAUUGACUUCCUCCUGUCUGUGAUCGGAUUUGCCGUGGAUCUUGCGAAUGUCUGGAGAUUCCCCUACCUUUGCUACAAAAACGGAGGAGGAGCCUUCCUGGUCCCGUACCUGUUCUUUAUGGUGAUAGCAGGGAUGCCUCUUUUCUACAUGGAACUGGCUCUUGGGCAGUACAACAGAGAGGGAGCAGCAGGCGUCUGGAAGAUUUGUCCCAUUUUUAAAGGUGUUGGCUUCACAGUGAUUCUCAUUUCCCUUUAUGUUGGUUUCUACUAUAAUGUCAUCAUCUCCUGGGCGCUGUUUUACCUCUUCUCCUCAUUCACCCACGAGCUGCCAUGGGUCCACUGCAACAACACCUGGAACAGCCCAAACUGCUCAGACUGGGCCGACAACAGCUCCAUCGGUGACAUUUACAAAGCCACACCUGCUCAGGAGUACUUUGAACGAGCGGUCCUCCAUAUUCAAGACAGUAAUGGUAUUGAUGACCUUGGGCGUCCACGCUGGCAGUUGACUUCCUGUUUGGCUGUUGUGAUUAUUCUGCUCUACUUUAGUCUCUGGAAGGGAGUCAAGACCUCAGGCAAGGUUGUAUGGAUCACAGCCACCAUGCCCUAUGUGGUCCUGACUGUGCUGCUGCUCCGUGGAGUAACUCUGCCUGGAGCCAUGGAAGGCAUUAAAGCAUACCUCUCUGUCGACUUCCUGAGUCUUUGCGAUGCCAAGGUCUGGAUUGAGGCUGCAACACAGAUCUGUUUCUCACUGGGUGUGGGGUUUGGUGUGCUAAUUGCAUUUUCCAGCUACAACAAAUUCAGCAACAACUGUUACAGGGAUGCUAUCAUAACCAGCUCCAUCAACUCUUUGACAAGUUUCUUCUCUGGAUUUGUUGUCUUCUCCUUUCUGGGGUACAUGUCCCACAAACACAACGUGGCUCUAGACAAAGUCGCUAGAGAUGGUGCUGGUUUAGUGUUUGUAAUUUAUCCAGAAGCCAUUGCAACAUUACCUGGUUCAUCAGUGUGGGCGGUGAUUUUUUUCAUUAUGCUGCUGACACUUGGUCUUGACAGUGCGAUGGGUGGGAUGGAGUCUGUGAUCACUGGGCUGAUUGAUGAAUUCAAAUUCCUUCACAAACACAGAGAGCUGUUCACCCUGUUUAUUGUUGUUUCAACAUUUCUCAUAUCCCUCUUCUGUGUCACAAAUGGAGGGAUGUAUGUGUUUACUCUGCUGGAUCACUUUGCAGCCGGAACAUCAAUUCUCUUUGGAGUGCUUAUUGAAGCUAUCGGCAUUGCCUGGUUCUACGGAGUGGAUCGUUUCAGUGAUGACAUUGAGGAGAUGAUUGGUCACAGACCAGGAAGGUACUGGAGACUGUGCUGGAAGUUUGUUAGCCCUUGCUUCCUCUUGUUUAUGGUUGUGGUUAGUUUCGCCACAUUCAACCCUCCAAAUUACGGCUCCUACAUGUUUCCUCAAUGGGCUAACCUGCUAGGGUGGUGCCUGGCCAUGUCAUCAAUGACCAUGGUUCCAUUGUAUGCCAUCUACAAGCUCUGCACACUUCCAGGAAGGUUUUGCGAUCGCCUUGCUUAUGCUAUCACCCCGGAGACAGAGCAUCAUCUGGUAGACAACGGAGAGGUUCGGCAGUUCACUCUGCAUCACUGGUUGGUCGUUUGAGAGCUGCAGAAAGAGAAAUGGAAGGAGUGAGAGAGAAAGAAUGUCAAAGUGGAUGCUGGAUGCAUGCAAAAAUAGAAGCCUAAAGAGCUAAUGAGAGAAGACAGCCAUGUAAACUGAUCACAGGGAUUAGGAUGCAGAGCUUAAAAGUGCCAAGAAAAAAAAAAAAAAAAGAGGAAAAAAAAAAUCCACACAAAUUGUAGUGUUGUUCAAUUUUAAUAGUGGAUGUGUAAAACUGUGCAUCGGCCCCUAUCUACUGUUUCUCCACAAGCUUGUGAAUGGGAUUCAGUAAAAUAGUUCAUUUGAUGUUCAGCCUGCUAUUUCCGUAAAAUGCAAAAAGCCCAUGAAUGAAUAGCAUGGAAGUCUUAGCCUGCUGGAUAUUAGUGUGAUGAAUCCUCCCCGUGUUUUAUAACAGUAGGACAUUGUCACUGCUGAUGAAUGAACACAGAAAGAUAUUGUGAACAUUGUAUGGUAUGUUUAGUGGCGCAAUUUAGGACGCAAUAUUUUAAAAUUGAUGAUGUUGUAGAGGUGCUACACAAAGCAUUAAUUCUCUUAAAACAAAGUGCAUUUUAUUUUGGAUUAUUCCUAUUACUGAUCGAGAUUUAGGACUAAAAUAAUUGAUCUGAAGAAUUCUAACUUAUUCUAUGUUCCUACUAGGACUAUGUAAUAAUUAAUUGUAGUUGAUAGACUGUUAUGAUUGCAAUAGCCUUGCAGAAUUUAACUUGCUUAGAUCAGAAUCACUUACUUACAUACAAUGCUUUAUUUUUUUCAAAUACUUAUUUUCAAACAUUCUCAGUCAAUAUUCUUUUAGGUGACACAUGACCCAAAUUAUGCUAUAGCAACUGUAACUCUUUUUUUAUUUUUAUUUUGUAUUUAAUUUUAAAAUAUAAAUAUUGAAAAUGUUAAGGAAACCCCAGAGUCCCCAAAAGGUCACGUUUAAUUACAUCCAAUUAAUUUUUAUCUGCCUGACAAUGAAGUUAGCAUUUUAUGUGAAAUGUAAAGAAAGACAGUAUCCAUACUGUACAAGGCUACAAUACUGCACAUAAAUCUAUAGCUUCUUCUUCCUCUUUUUCACAACAGGGUGUCUCUUUACAUCUGGUUGUUUCAGAAAUGAGAAGGUUUUCAUUGCAUCAGGUACAAUGUAGUAACAUUCGAAUAGGGAACUCAGUCCUAUUUGCUCAGUUAAAUUCAGGUGGUGACUUUUUUUGGAGGGGAGGAGAGUGCUUCAAGAGGAAUAGACGAAGAAGUGUUCACCAUCACUGUUUAUUACGAAAAUGUUUUCUUUGCUUGCAUCUCUGAAAGUGAAGAUCAGAACCUGAAGUCGCAUCUGAUUUAAAUUUCUAAUCAAAAGUUAAAAAAACAUAAAAAGCCAAAUCAAAAAAAGUAUAUCCAUGAAAUUUUUUUUUCAUAAUAUCUAAAAUUUAAAUCUCUGUUUUGUCCUCAUUAUUUGUUAAUAAGUCGCCAGAAAACCAACAUUUGACAUCCAUGUAGUGACCACAGAGCUUGAUUACAAAGAUGUCAGCAAAAAAGAUAUUUAUAGCUGUGUGUCAUCAGCAUAGCAGUGGUAAAAUAUUUGUGUUGUCUAAGGACAGAUCCUUCCAGGACACAAUGAGCAUUGCUAACUUUACCAGCUUAAAAAUGACCAACAAAACAGAAAACUGGUCAGAUAAUUGAAUCCUUACCAGAGAUGUCACCUUGCACACCAAACUGGCCAAACCCACUUUGACCUUUUGUGGACUCUUUACUCACAGAUGAUUAAUCCUCGAUCAACCAAAGAACAGAUAUUGCUUCCUUAAAUGAGAUUAUUUUUUACUAAGAGAUUUUCCUUGAAGAGUCAAUGGUUACUAAAUCACUGCCGCUAAAUUUGUAAUUGUCCUCCAAGGGCAUUAAGUGAAAGUACUGACGGUCAUGUUUCCUUUGAAAGGCAUUUAGCUUUAAUUUUACAGUUUACAUGAGGCUGUUAUGUAUUCUAAGACUGUUUUCAAAAGUAUUUUUUGUAAUUAAACUGCAAAUUGUCACUGUAUCAUAUAAUAAAGAAAUGUUCAAAAAAUAUAUAUAUGUUUAAGCAAAGUAAAUAUAAAGCUUGGGAACUUGCACUGUACUAUAAGAAAGUGACGAAGAAAACAGAUAUUAAAGAGAAAUAUAUGAAAAUCCAUAUUUGCUUUUCUUUUUGAGUUCUUUUGUCUCCAUUAGAAACCCUUUCCCAAUAGGUAAGCAAUCAUUUCUUUUUCCCACUUAUGGUACAUGUAAAACACUGAAGGGUUAUUUUUGUCCCAACUUGUAUGCAUGUGCUGCUGUAUUGUGCCCGGUGAUGUUUCUGACUGUAUGAUUAUGUUUUGUACUGUCAAAUUGAAGUAUAACAAUAAAAUUGUUACUUUAAAACAUAA